ACCGUCCACCCCUCCACAUCCACCUCCAUCUCCAUCUUCCCUCCAACCCCGGUUCCCUGUCUGGCCAGCCCAAAUGGACCGGGGUUGAUAUGCAUUGCGACAUGAUAAAGCUCCCUCCACGUUAAUGCUAAUUAUGUAUAUAUCUUGCUCCCCUUUUCCGCUCUUGCUCUUUGCAACCUGUCCGUGUCUGCUGUCACCCUCUUCGACUUUCCUUAGCCGGUAGUUUUGGGCAGACCCUCACCUUCCCUUCGAGUCGCUGAAAAGGCAACUCUCUCACUCUCUCACUCUCGCACUCUCGCACUCUCUCUGCCCAUCAUGUCCGAGAAGGAGACGACCAACAACACGGCCCACGUGGAGGCGAAUGCUGCCGCCGCCCUCGAGAACCUGGGCAUCAAGACCGUCACCCAUGCCGAUGGUACCAUUAGCACCGCUGCCGGCAAUGGCCAGGUAGCGACAGAUGCCUAUGGCAAUCCUCUUGUCACCUUUGAUGACGCGGCUGUGAGGAGACUACGCUGGAAACUCGACUUGUACACCGUUCCGACCGUUGCCCUCUUGUACCUAUUCUGCUUCAUUGACAGAGCCAAUAUUGGAAAUGCCCGCAUUGCCGGCAUGGAACAGGACCUCCAACUCGAGGGCUUCGACUACAACGUCAUCCUCUCGGUGUUCUACAUCUCCUACAUCAUCUUCGAGAUCCCCUGCAACAUCUUCUGCAAAUGGAUAGGCCCCGGCUGGUUCAUCCCCGGCACCUCGCUCGCCUUCGGCCUCAUCUCCAUCUUCACCGCCUUCGUCCAGACCCAGGCCCAGAUGAGCGCCAUCCGCUUCCUCCUGGGCAUCUUCGAGGCCGGCAUGCUCCCCGGCAUCGCCUACUACCUCUCCCGCUGGUACCAGCGCGCCGAGCUCACCUUCCGCCUCUCCCUCUACAUGGUCAUGGCCCCGCUCGCCGGCGCCUUUGGCGGCCUCCUCGCCUCCGCCAUCCUGACCAUGGACAGCUUCGGCUCGCUCACCUCGUGGCGCAUGAUCUUCGCCGUCGAGGGCGUCAUCACUGUCGGCCUCGCCAUCAUCGGCUUCUUCACCCUCACCGACCGCCCCGAGACCGCCCGCUGGCUCUCCCAGGAGGAGAAGGAGCUCUGCAUCGCCCGCGUCAAGUCCGAACGCGUCGGCGCCACCGAGGUCCUCGACAAGCUGGACCGCACCAAGCUGUGGCGCGGCAUGACCUGCCCCGUCACCCUCCAGAUCUCCGUCAUCUUCCUCUUCAACAACAUCACCGUCCAGGGGCUCGCCUUCUUCCUCCCCACCAUCGUCCGCACCAUCUACCCGGAGUACACCGUCGUCCAGCAGCAGCUCCACAGCGUGCCGCCCUACGCCGUCGGCGCCUUUUUCGUCUUGGCUUUCCCCGCCCUGAGCUGGUACCUCGACCGCCGCCAGGUGCUCAUUGCCCUGUCGGCCCCGAUGGUCAUGGCCGGUUACAUCAUGUUCCUGGCCUCCAACGUCGCACAAGUCCGCUAUGCGGCCACCUUCCUCAUCGCCAGCUCUACCAUGGUGCUUGGGCCCAUGGGGAAUGCUCAUAUUAGCGCCAACGUGGUGAGCGACUCGGCUCGUAGCAGCGCCAUUGGUCUGAACGUCAUGAUGGGCAACAUCGGCGGUCUCGUCGCCACCUGGAGCUUCAUCGUCUGGGACGCCCCCGACUACCCCAUCGGCAACGGCCUCAACUUGGCUGCCGCCACCGUCAUCCUCAUCGUCUCCACCUCCUUCUAUUUCUGGAUGAAGUGGGACAACAAGCGCCGCGAUGGCCGCAGCGUCGAGGAAGAGCUCGCCGGCAUGUCGCAGAAGGAGGUUUCCAACCUCGAUUGGAAGCACCCUGGUUUCCGGUGGCGCACAUAGAACAAUGGUGUCGGUUUUUCGAAUUAUCGUUCAUGGGUUAUGGGAACAAGGGGAGGUAUAUAAGGGAUGGUAUCGGAUUUCGGCGACGGCGUAAUGAGAUCUCGUCCAUGGCGAAUUAUAGCAAAGAGCGUUAGAGUGGCUUAUAACUCUGCCAAAAUACAUGACAUUGGCGACGGUUCUUUGGCACGUCGUGUGACGUAUGCAGGCUGUCCUCUCCUCUCCACACGGCCACAACCACAGACCGAGGGGCAUGGAGACACGGACUGGACGAGUUUCUUUGUCUAUUUCUUUUACUUUUUGUAUUCUUACGCACAAGGUCUUUACAGCAUAACCGGCCG